AUGGACCCCGUCACAGCUUUGGAGCUUGUGAAGCAUGGAGCGACGCUUCUCCUCCUCGAUGUUCCUCAGUACACUCUCGUCGGCGUCGACACUCAGAUAUUCUCUAUUGGUCCUGCGUUCAAAGGGAUUAAGAUGAUUCCACCGGGCAUUCAUUUUUUAUACUAUAGCUCCUCCAGCAGGGAUGGCAAGGAAUUUUCACCUGUAGUUGGUUCCUUUAUUGAUGUUGGCCCCUCAGAGGUAAUUGUUAGAAGGUGGGAGCUACAAGAGGAACGCCUAGGUAAAAUAUCUGAAGAAGAGGCAGAGAGAUUUGCCGGGGCAGUUAAGCGUUUAGAGUUUGAUGGUAACCUUGGUCCUUACAAUCUAAGCCAUAAUGGAGAAUGGAAGCGACUGUCCAACUAUAUAACGAGGAGCAUUAUUGAGCGAAUAGAACCUAUUGGAGGAGAAAUCAUGAUCACAAGUGAAUCAGGAAUGGUUCACAAUGUCUCUAAGACAUCCGUGGAGAAAGCUUUAGAUGAGCAAUUGAUGAACAGCAAGUUCUCCAUUUCUACAUCUAAUCACAAGUCAAUGAAGAGAGGAUGUUACUAUACAUCAAUUCCUCGCACUAUCAAACACAGAGGAAUAAAUGCAAAUGAGCUUACUUCUUUGAAUCUUGACAAGACAGAACUACUUGAAGACAUUUUGAUGAAAGAUUAUGGAGGUAAGGAAGAUGUGCUUCUCGGAGAGCUACAAUUUGCGUAUGUGGCAUUUUUGAUGGGACAGUCACUUGAAGGGUUUUUGCAGUGGAAAUCUAUGGUCUGUCUUUUGCUUGGUUGUAUAGAAGCUCCUUUCCGCACAAGGAGUCAACUAUAUACUAAGUUCAUCAAGGUAAUCUACUAUCAACUAAAAUAUGGACUGCAGAAAGAUAGGGCAGAUGCCAAUGCUGCAGGUUUAGGAGUAUCAACACUGUUAGAUGAGUCAUGGUUUGGUGCUGAUAGUUUCUUGCAUCAGCUUUUUAAGGAAUUUUUUUCGCUGGUACAAGAAGCUUCUGUUGUAGAUGGGGAUCUUUUGACAUGGGCUAGGAAACUGAAAGAGCUGGUGGAGAACGAGUUGGGUUGGGAGUUCCAGCAUGGCAGUACAGUUGAUGGGAUCUACUUUGCGGAAGAUGACGAGUAUGCGCCUGUGGUAGAGAUGCUCGAAGACCAAAGUGUAUGA